AUGUCACAUAAAAGAGCUCUAGAAGCAGUAAAUAGAACAAUGAAAGAUAUAAGAAAUGAUCAACGUGAAAUGGGUGGUAUAACACUUGUAUUAGCAGGUGAUUUUCGACAGACAUUGCCUGUUGUCAAACGAGGUACCAGAGCCGAUGAAGUUAAUGCGUGUUUGAAAUCUUCUAAUUUAUGGCCAAAUUUCGAUCAGUUAUCAUUAUCAACAAAUAUGAGAGUUCAUUUAUAUGGCGAUUUAAACGCCGAAGAAUUUUCCAGUAUGCUUUUGGAAAUUGGCAACGGAAAUGUAGAAGAGGAAAAUGGUAAAAUUAAAAUACCUACCGGUAUUGGAACAAUGGUAUCAAAUUUAGAUGAAUUAAUAAAAAACGUCUAUCCUGAUGUAAAAAAUUUAAAAACAAAAUCAACUACUUGGUUAAGCGAAAGAUCAAUUUUAACAUCAAUGAAUGAUCAUGCGUCUAGAAUAAAUGAUAUGAUUUUGAGUUUAUAUGAAGAAGAAGAGAAGGUUUAUUCAUCUAUUGACACGGUAGUCGAGCAAGAUGAUGCUACCAACUUUCUCGUAGAAUUUUUGAAUUCUCUGAAUCCACCUGGAAUGUCGAAUCAUAUUUUGAAACUUAAAAUCGGAGCACCAAUUAUGCUUAUUAGAAAUUUGAGCUCUCCAAAAUUAUGCAAUGGAACUCGCCUACAAGUGAUAUCAUUAAAGCAAAAUAUUAUUGAAGCUAAAAUUAUCACAGGAUGUGGAUCAGGUGACAUUAUUUUUAUACCCUGUAUACCAAUCAUUUGUACUGAUUAUGAAUUUCAAUUUAAACGUAUUCAAUUUCCUAUUCGAGUAUGUUUUGCAAUUACAAUCAAUAAGUCUCAAGGUCAAACAUUGAAAAUAGCAGGUGUAGAUUUGUCAAUUGAAUGUUUUUCUCAUGGUCAACUUUAA